AUGGAAGAGCUUUUGAUUCAGAGGCAAAAGAGAAUUGCUGACAAGAGUUCUGGUGGUAGUGUAACGUCCAAGAAAACUCCUACUGUAACCAAAACAGUGAAGAGCUCGGUUAAGAACGAGAAGACCACAGAAGCUGCGCAGUCAAAGGCUAAGCCGGUACUGAGAAGCUCCACUACUGAGCGCCUUGCUGCUGCCCUGACCGCACCAAAGGAGCCACAACAAAAACCAGUGAUCAAAAGAGCCUCAAAGCCUUUAGGAAACAAGACAGAGAAACCACAGGACAAGAAAUCAAGUAGAAGUGUAAAAUAG